CUCGUUCGUUGAGGUGUGGCUUCUAUGCUCUAUCACGCUGUUGAUCUAUGCUUGAACGUUUAAAGAAUCCACUUAUUUUCUACUUUUUAAUUAGGUUGAGGCUUAUUGGGGAUGACUUUUACUUUGAUUUAUAUAGGGUGUUUGAAGCAUCCAUGGUUAUGGAUCCACGCUUCAGUGAAUUCUCUGAUUCAGCAAAUGGUUUCAAUUUUGAUGAUGCCACCAUUUUACCCAGUUUUGACAAGUCUCAGAACCUAACCGAUGUAUUUAAAAUUCAAGAUGACUCCUUCGAUAUCAGUUUCAUGGAUGUUCUUUCCCUUCCUACCAGUCCAGAUUUUGGCACUAGUUUCACUUCCUCUUCAAGUGUGAGCUCGGAACUGAACUCCCCAGAUGAUCAUGACUCCGAUCCUGUGCUCAAAUUCCUUAACCAGAUAUUGCUGGAAGAGAACAUCGAGGAGAAACCCAGCAUGUUCCACGAUCCUUUGGCUCUACAAGCCACUGAGAAAUCAUUGUAUGAGGUCCUUGGUGAGAAGUAUCCUCCUUCACCCUACCAUCCACCCUCAAUAUCCAUUGACCAAAAUGUUGAAAGCCCGGGGGAUUAUUUUGGAAGCUCCAGUGACACCACAAACAGCGGUAGUAGUGGUGGAACUUCCAUUGAUCCUCAUAGGAUUGUCGACCCUGGAGAUUAUAUAUUGUCCAUGAGACAAAGUCAUUCUUUGGAGUAUCCUUUCCAGUCAAAUUUGCAGACCAUUUCACAGUGGUCAUUUGGCACUGUAAACAGUUUCAGUGAUGAUGCUAAAAGCCAAUGGGAUUCUUCUGCUAGUCCUGAUCUGGUUCCAAAUAUUUUCAGUGACAGGGAAUCUAUCUUACAGUUCAAGAAAGGGAUGGAAGAAGCUAGCAAAUUCCUUCCAAGUGGUAAUCAAUUAAUAAUAGAUUUGGAUAGGUACAACUUGCCUCUAGAAACGAGGGAAGCAGCUCCAGAGGUUGUAGUCAAGAUGGAGAAGGACAAGAGGGAUUAUUCACCUGAUGGCUCGAGGGGAAGGAAGCACCAUCAUCCGGGGAAUAGUGAUUUAGAAGAAGAGAGGAGUAGCAAGCAGUCAGCGGUUUAUGUCGAAGAAGCCGAGUUAUCAGAGGUGUUUGAUAAAGUUCUCCUUUUUAAUGAUGAGAUAGGGGUGCAUGCGAGUUGCAAUAGCGAUACUGACAAAGAAGUGGAAUCGCUAAAUGGGCCGGUCAAGUCCCUACAGCAGAAUGGACAACCACAUGGAUCUAGUGGUGGAAAGACACGUGGUAAGAAACAGGGCAAUAAAAUUGAAGCUGUGGAUCUGAGGACUCUUUUGAUUAACUGUGCACAAUCUGUUGCUGCUGAUGAUCGCAGGACUGCAUAUGAACAACUAAAGCAGAUUAGGCAUCAUUCUUCACCUUCCGGUGAUGCUUAUCAGCGGCUGGCCUAUAUCUUUGCUAACGGUCUUGAGGCACGUUUGGCUGGCACUGGAACACAGCGUUAUGCAGCUCUUGCUUCCAACAAGAGGAUUUCAGCAGCUGAGAAAUUGAAAGCCUACCAGCUCUAUUUUUCAGCCUGUCCAUUCAAGAAGAUUUCGAUGUUCUUUGCAAACAAAAUGAUUUUUGAUAUGGCAUCCAGCGCUUCAACGCUGCAUAUUGUAGACUUCGGUAUCUCAUAUGGUUUCCAGUGGCCCAUGGUUAUCCAACACCUUCCAACCAGGCCUGGUGGCCCUCCAAAGCUUCGAAUUACUGGAAUAGAGCUUCCCCAACCUGGUUUCCGACCUUCUGAGUUACUUGAGGAGACAGGGCGUCGUCUGGCAAAGUAUUGUGAGCGCUUCAAUGUUCCCUUUGAGUAUCAUGCCAUAGCAACGCAGAAUUGGGAGACAAUCAAAGUUGAGGAUCUCAAGAUUCGGAGCGGUGAGAUGCUUGCUGUGAACUGUAUGUUUCGAUUUGGUAACCUUCUUGAUGAGACAGUAGAUGUAGACAGUCCAAGGGAUGCUGUUCUAAAAUUAAUCAGGCAGAUGAAUCCAGAUAUUUUCAUCCACGCUCUUACUAGUGGAUCUUACAGUGCUCCCUUCUUUGUCACUCGGUUCCGGGAGGCGCUUUUUCACUACUCUUCAUUGUUUGAUAUGUUCGAAACUAACAUAUCCCGUGACAAUCAGCUGAGGAUGGAUUUUGAGCAAGAGUUUUACGGGCGCGAGGCCAUGAAUGUCAUUGCAUGUGAAGGCGCAGAGAGGGUUGAAAGGCCUGAGACAUACAAGCAGUGGCAGGUUCGCACAAUGAGGGCCGGUUUCAAGCCCCUUCCAUUGGACCAGCAUCUGUUGAAGAAAUUGAGGGGUAAAGUGCAGGCGGGGUACCACCAAGAUUUUGUUUUCGAUGAAGAUAGUUAUUGGAUGUUGCAGGGAUGGAAAGGUCGAAUUAGCUGUGCUAGCUCCUGUUGGGUACCUGCCUAGAACACCCUCUAUUGCAUUUUAUGAUAUUGCAUGGAUAUGGAUAUACACUCACUCACCCAACAAGCUCAAACGCAUGAAUGUUGAUGUAUGUGUAUUCAAUUUUGUAUUACUUAUGCUUAGACUAGAUUAGCAAUUCGACUCUCAAACUAUAACACUAGUUUUAAUUCAGUCCUUAAA